GAGGCUGCGGUGAGCGGUGCAGCCGGGUGAGAGCGGAUUACCCCAUAGCAGAGUCCAGCGUGAGCAGGAGUGAGCGGAGCUCCGCCCGGGGACGGGAGGAAAACAAUGAUUGGCGGCAGGACUUCCUAUAUCUGUUGCUGUCUGCUUUCUGCUGUUUUAAUACUUUCCACCCUCGCAGAAGAACAUGAACACACAGUGCAAGGGGAGCAUCACGCCGGCUCUCGCUUUGACAAGAAUGUGAUACAGGACAAAGACCACAUCAUGGAGCAUUUAGAAGGAGUUGUAAACAAGCCAGAGUCAGAGAUGUCCCCACAAGAGCUCCAGCUUCAUUACUUCAAGAUGCACGAUUAUGAUGGCAACAAUUUGUUGGACGGUCUGGAGCUAGCAACCGCUAUCUCCCAUGUACAUAAAUCGGGGAGCGCAGAGCAUGCGCAGGCCAUAGACGAGCAGGAACUGAUCACCCUGAUAGAUGACGUUCUGAAGGACGAUGAUCUGAAUAAUGAUGGAUAUAUUGACUAUGCCGAAUUUGCUAAAUCAUUAGAAUAAAGACUUUUUGGUUUAUUUUCUUCUAAAUGUGAAGUAGAGCAAUGGCCGUGUUUUUUUAGUAUUGUGGUAUCCCGUUCUGUGCGAUCCUGUGGUCUGUAUUCUGUGUUUAGCUGCACAGCUGGGACAUUCUGUGGCCGUUUUUAUUGGUUUAAUUUACACAAGAACAUGAUGUACUUUAACCAAAAAUACAGGUUUUUAACGUUUC